AACACAAGAAAUCAAAUUCAGCAAACAAAGAAAAAAAAAAGAACGAAAGAUGAACUUCCUCUCCGAUCAGGUAAAGAAAUUCUCGGACUCCAAACCAGAGGAGCCAGACCACAACAAACCCGCCGAAGGAACCGAAACAACCAACAGACCAGCUUCAUCCUCCGAGCUCAUGGCCAGUGCCAAGGUCGUAGCCGAAGCUGCUCAAGCCGCUGCUCGUAACGAGUCAGACAAACUCGACAAGGCUAAAGUCGCCGGAGCCAGCGCUGACAUCUUAGAUGCCGCCCAAAAAUACGGAAAGCUCGAUGAGAAGAGCGGCACUGGUCAGUACAUAGAGAAGGCCGAGAAGUAUCUAAACGAUUUCGAGUCCUCGCAUUCUUCCGGCGCCGCCGGUACUCCUCCCCCGGCAAUUGAGGCUGAACCGGAAGCUAAGAAGCCCGAAGAGGAGUCUGGUGGUGGCUUGGGAGGUUAUGCUAAGAUGGCUCAAGGUUUCAUGAAGUGAUUAUUGAUCUUUACUAUAUGAAUUUAAAUAAGUACGUA